AUGAAAAUCCAAUGCAGCGUGAACACACUAAUAGAGGCGAUCACGCAGGUUUCAGAACCCGCGUUAUUGAUCCCUUUCUGGAAGUUUCCAAAUCGAUUGAAGAUGACUCCAAAUCCGACGAUGUGUUCCUUGAGCAUCGAAACCAACGAUCCCAGCUUGCUGACGACCAAAUCAGCUCUCUCCCGAAUUGUUGCUCGUUCCAUGAUUGUCGCUCGAAGACGGCAUCUAGAAGAUCCUUCGCGACGGGAUUUCCAGAAAAUUCUUCGAAAACCAGGAGCAUGA